AAAACUGAACCCUAGUCCUCCUCUCGAUCGGACUAAACCAUUGCCUCUCUCCCUCUUACUUCUUUUCGCCUAUCAAUCGACCCUCUUCUUCUCCCUACGUUCUAGUGAAUGAUGAGGAGCAAGGAAGGAGAGCAAAAGGACGGGGCAGGAAGAAGCGACAGUAGUGGACAUCGGCCAUGGCGAUCGACGGCGGCGAAGGUAAUAAGGUGGCACGACAGAGGCCUGGCAGUGACGGGGGACGAGGAAAGGGCGAAGGAAGGAAAGAGGGUCAACAACGGCAGCUCUGAGCUUCUCCGGCGGCGACAAAGACAAGAUGAGUGA